CAGGAAUCAUUUGGUACUCUCCUAUAGUAAAAGAAAUUAAACUACACAGCGGUGGCGCGCCUCUCUUCCCCGGCGGAUGCUGAUUGAAAAGAAGCUGCUUAUCACCGUUGGAGCUAAUUAAUUAAUCCAUCAAAAUAUGGAGGCGAAUCCAGUGGUUCACAUCCCAUGCUCUUCCAUCGCAGUCGAUUCCGUAUUACGUCUAGGCUCUGCUGGAGCUAUCUGGGGUGCUUGCUAUGGCCCUUUUGAUGCUAAAAGACUAGGUCUAUCUGGAAGCUACCGAGCAUCGCACAUUGCCAAGACUGUUGGCAAGUGCGGGUUUUAUUGCGGACUAUUUGCUGCAAUAUUUUCUUUUUCUCACUGUGGAAUACAAAGAUAUCGGCGCCGGAAUGACUGGAUUAAUACUUUGUCAGCUGGUGUUGUUGCUGGGGCAGCUUUUGGUGCUGGAACCCGGAACUGGAAACAAGUCGCUGGUAUUACUGGGCUGUCUUGUACAUUUUUUCAGUUAGUUAAAGACUCAAAAUCUGUAUGAUGCUUAAUCUUCAAGAAGUCCAUAGAGGCAAGCAAAGCAAGUCAACAUGACUCUUAUAUUACUUUUACAUCUUCCAUUCCCAGUCCAGUUUUCUUCAUUUGAUAUUCAUUUUCUAUGAAAUUCUCUGCUCUACCCACUCCUGUGUAUUUGGAUGUGCGCUCAUUUCUACCAAUUGUGUUUCUGGUGCGAUUGGUUUGCCACUCAGUUUUAUGUAGACAUUUGGCACAGGCAGCUACUCUUCUCCACAAUGCAAUGGAGCUCAUUCAGCUCAAGCUGUCAUUGAUGAUUACCAUGCCUACGCUAGAUUGAGACAGUAAUGUUUGCAGCUGUGCAGUUUACUGGAUUGUAAACAAAAUAUGGAUGUUUAUUUGACUGGUAUCAUAAGGAAGUUUUUCUGAGGUUGACUCGCAUUGUAAAACUUGCUGGUUGGAUUUGUUGGUAUGAUUUUAUCGGUUCAUUAUCUCGUUA